AUGCUCGCCUCCAAAGCAUCCUUCCCGCCGGUAAUCAACACCUCCAACAUGCCUCCCGGCGGUGGCCCUCCUUCGGCACUUCCCACGCCACGACGACUGCCCGCGAUCCAAAAUGCCAGCCAGAACUUCGCCAGCCCGACCGAGUCCGAGUUCUCAGAUCCCGAAGGUCCUGACUCCGUUAAGAACUGGGACGAGGACAAGGUCUGCGAAUACUUGAGGAGUGUCAAGUGUGGCGAAUAUGAGAAACUCUUCCGGAAAAACAAUAUCAAUGGCGAGAAUCUACUGGAGAUGGACAAGGAAGUACUGAAAGAGAUGGGCAUUGACAAGGUUGGUGACCGAGUUCGACUUUUCUUGGGCAUCAAGAAGCUGCGAACCAAGGCAUACGCGAACCAGAAGAAGAGGAAUAGGGAUUCCUUCGGCGGCCUAGACACACAUGUCACAUCUCCCGGCAUGACGAUUCGCCCCGCGAUGUCUCGAUCAGGCCCCAGCACGGCAUCGAUGAACAAGCGAUUCUCAAGACAGAUUGACCCCUCCAUGAAUUUCAACGACAUCAUGAAACAGGGCAAUUCUCGGCCGUCUUCCCCUCUGCAGAGCGCGACUCUGCGCCAGCCACGACACCCUCAAGGUUCGGGUUACACACCUACUUCAUCCAGGCACCAGGGCUCCGGCGAUGCCCAACCUGGCCAUCUGGUACCGACCCAUACAAGGAACAACUCGAGUAUGGAUGGUUCAUCGCUGAUGGCUGCCUUACCACAGAAUCAAGAUGUUAUCCGAGUCAUCUCGACCGGAGGCGUUACCAAAGUGGUCAAGAUUGCCGACUGCAACACCUGCGAAGAAGUCAUGCGAGUGACGCUACGGAAGUUCGCCCUGCGUGAAGACCACGAGCGAAACUACUGCUUCUGGGUUCUUGCGGGUAUCGAGCCAAACCCGCACCAAUGCAGACGCCUUGGUGAUACCGAGCUCUGGCGGAUCAUCAAGGACCAACGAAGACCAGAACGAAACCGCCUCAUACUACGGAGAGUCCCCGCCGCCGAGCCUGGCGAUGCCGAGCUGCAGCGCGCAGCAGCCAUCGCCUUACAAGAAGAGCAGCAGAAACAUUCACGGGCUCUUGAAUCUGUAGACAAGCGAAGUCAGUGGAAGGUGCAGAAGGUCCUAGGUGAGAAGUGGAAUGAGCAGCUACAGCAACCCCUAUCACCCCUAUCAUACCAGGAUCGAGAACGCAAUGUCAAUAAUGCAGCCAUGGAUCUGGAGCGCCCACCCUCCAGGGAGUCACAGUACCCUGCGCGCCGAAAUGCCAGCUUACGGCAAUUCGGUGGCCUGAGACCCCCAAGUGAGCUGAUUGCGUCCGACUUGACAUCAUACUUCCCAGAUCAUACACGAGAGGACAUUGACCGCACGGCUCGACUAUCUAUGAGACGUUCGACUCGCCUUAGCAAGGUCAACAGCCGUCUCAGCGUGGCCAGCAACCUUAGUUUCGCCUCCAGUGUCCAGGAUGCUCCCCCCAUUCCCACAAUCGCUGAUUCAUGGCUGCACGCUGGUAAUCAGCUCGCCAAGGUCCGCACACGGGACUCGCAGGGUCGCUUGCCGUCGAUGUUUAACAGAGACUCGAUUGCGUCAUCUAUGCUUGACACUCUCCAAGAAGAGGCAUCCCUGGAGCCGGAUCGUAAAUCUUACGUGUCAUUUGGGGAGAGCGGAUCUGAUGGAAACGCCCCCAUCGUCACUGAUCCUGAUGGCAACACGACAAGUACCAGUUUCUUUGAUGGAGAUUGUUCCACCAAUUCUGGUUCUUUCCAGGAGCUGAAGCAAGUCCUUACCGGCGAUGGAGAAGAUGUGGACGAGGAGCUCCAGAGCUUCCUUUCUGGAGAGUCAUGGGAUGACAACAAGUGGAUGAAGGGUGCCCUGAUUGGCCAGGGUUCUUUCGGCAGCGUCUACCUGGCUCUUCAUGCUGUCACCGGAGAGCUUUUGGCUGUCAAGCAGGUUGAGGCACCAGCACCCGGUGCCAACAGCCAGAGCGACGCCCGCAAGAAGAGUAUGAUUGAAGCACUUAAGCGUGAGAUCAGCCUUCUGCGGGAUCUUCGACACCCCAACAUCGUGCAAUACCUCGGAUGCAGCUCCUCCUCCGAGCAUCUCAACAUUUUCCUCGAGUACGUCCCUGGUGGAUCAGUGCAGACGAUGCUCAACUCAUACGGUGCCUUGCCAGAGCCCUUGGUGCGCAGUUUUGUUCGCCAAAUCUUGACGGGGCUGUCGUAUCUGCACAACCGUGACAUCAUCCACCGUGAUAUCAAGGGCGCCAACAUUCUUGUUGACAACAAGGGAACAAUCAAAAUUUCCGACUUUGGCAUCUCAAAGAAACUCGAGGCUACCAACAUUUUGAACGGUGCUAAUAACAAUAAGCACCGUCCUUCGUUGCAGGGCUCGGUCUUUUGGAUGGCGCCUGAGGUAGUCAAGCAGACUUCGUAUACCCGCAAGGCAGACAUUUGGUCCCUCGGCUGCCUAGUUGUGGAGAUGAUGACAGGAACACAUCCCUUCCCCGACUGCAGCCAGCUGCAAGCCAUUUUCAAAAUUGGCGGGGGACGCGCUUCACCAACAAUUCCCGAUAAUGCAAGUGAGGAGGCUCAGCAAUUCCUUGCUCAGACAUUUGAAAUCGACCACCAACUGCGCCCAAGUGCUGAUGACCUCAUGAUCAGCUCUUUCCUGGCACCCAUCACCUAA